AUGGCAGAAGCAGCUCCUCAGUCGCAAUUGACUCCGCGACCACCGCCCCAAGACGGGCCCUUCAUCCUCCGCAAGCUCGUGUCCGACCUGCCGCUGUCCGCUGAUGGAGACGCGGCAGACGUGCGCAUAACAUGCGUUGAAGUGUGGAACGGUAACCUCUACGUCGGUACCUCAGCCGCCGAGAUCAUCCACUUCGUCCUCCUGCCCCCAGAACCCGAUGACACCUCGGGAGAGCCCACCGCGAUAAUCGCAUCGCGGCUGGAACCGCCUCACAGUGACCCCAACGGCCCCGGCGUGCAGCAGAUCCUCAUCCUCCCCAAGGUCAACAAGGCCUGUAUACUGUGCAACAACACCUUCUCCAUCUACUCGCUGCCCGAGCUCAGCCCCGAGUCCAACUUCAAGCCAAUUGCUUGUCUAUGGGUGGGAGGUGUCGAUCUGAAUGAGGGCCAGGACGAUGACGCUGAUGGCGGCGUCGACGUCGUGAUUGGACUCAAGAAGAGGCUGCGACUAGUACACAUAUCUGAGCACUCCCCGCCCAGAGCGCUUAAGACGAUCGAGUACGGAGGAUGCCUGACCUCAGUACGGAGAGACGCCUACUCGUGCGCCGCCGAUGCGCAUUCGUAUGCGCUACUCGAUGUUGUGCACCAGCAGAAGAUUGGCUUGUUCCCAAUAUCCUCUCUAGACCCAGACGCCGGCGAUGUGGGUGGAGCUGCUGAGAACAUCGCCUCGAUACCUCAGCCGCCGUCCAGGAGCGUCUCCAACGCAAGUCCGGUGCCUCGGGUCCAGGAAGAGCAGCGCGGUCAUGCUCGAAGCACGAAACAGAAAGUCCGCGAGCGCCGCGGCAACGAUACGGUUUCGAUGUGCCAGAGUCGCUCUCGAGAAACAUGUCCCCGGCAUCUGCGCGAUCGCCAGGUCGAGCCCCUGGUGGAGAAGCAGGAGAAAGAUCGUCUAGUCUUCCUAGGAGUGGUGCUACGUCUCCAGAAAAGCCGUUGCCUCCGCCCCCAGAAGGAGAAAAUGUGCCGCAAGUGCAAGUCGAAGAACCUCGCAAGCCGCCCCCCUUCCCCCAAUCCGAACGAGUUCCUGCUCACAGUAGGAACGACUCCGUCUGAACCCGGUGUCGGCAUGUUUGUCAAUUUAGAUGGCGACAUGUGUAGAGGCAGCAUACAAUUCAGCAGCUAUCCUGAUUCGAUCGUGGUCGAUGGCUCCGGCAUAGACCUGGCAGCAUCGACUGGCCCUGACGUCGAUGCUGAAGAGGGUUACGUCAUUGCUGCAGUGCAUCGUGAGGAAGAGGAGGAACUCAUGUAUGGCGUUGAGAUUCAGCGCUGGGAUGUCGAUCCGAGUGACGCUGAGAGUAACAAAGAGUGGCUGGACCUAAGCGGGACUGGCCUUUUAACGCAGGAGACCGGCACGCACGUAGCAACACCACUUGGUAUGCGCACCGUAGUUGAGCCGUAUGACCUCAUAUUGUCUGAGAUUGGAGCGAAGCUUUCGGUCAAGCGGUUACAACUUGGUACUGUUGCGAAUCCUGAAGAAGCUACAAAAGCUACAACGGCCGCUCAAGUCAAGGCCGAUCGCGAAUUCACGGACAGGCUGUCGAGAUUGCAGACCAGAAACCUGCUAUGGGCUGACGACCAGAUAUGGUGGACUGUGCGAAAUCCGCUCGUUCUGCGAUUGGACGCGCGCCUUGAGAAAGCACAAUUUACAGCAACGGGCGAUGGCACACGAAUACAGCCUGAUCGUCGUCAGCUCGAGAAAGUGCUCGGUGAUAUCCGCGGGCAAGAACCGCAGAAUGAAUCAGAGUAUCUCAGCCUCAUCUACAUUCGCCAGAAAGCGUCCGUCAUGCUCUUCAUGGAUGUCAUACUUCGCACGAAGACGAACAUCAUAAUCUUUGAGAACGAGAAGCGCAUUACUGAGCAAGCACUCAUUGAGGGCGAAGUAGACCCGCGCGUUGUCUUGAGUCUCCUACCCAUCUUGCAAAAGGAAGUUGUACAAGGGCCCGAAGGCAUACAGAUCUCAGGUGGCAUCACCACGCUUGUUGAGCAGUUCUUGCAACAAAACGAUCUCGCCGCUAUGCCGACCGAUAUCAACGGCCCAUUCGGCGACAACCUCUUGCACUUUUUAAAGAGGUACCUUCAGUUCUGGAAAAGGCAGAAAGGCAUGGCGAGCGUCACGAACGACCCUAACGUGUUUCGGAGCGUAGAUGCAGCACUCCUUCACAUUCUUCUCCUCUUAGAUCAGGGCAGUGCCAAGGGGAGCUCAAGUCCUGGCACUCAUCGAGCAGAAUUGAACGAGCUGGUUGACAAGGAAGUUGACUGCUUUGAACGCGCCGUCGAGCUUCUUGAGCAGUUCAAGCGGCUGUAUCUUUUGAGUCGCUUCUAUCAAGGCAACUGCAAGUCAUCAGAAAAAGCGCCAAACGUGCUCGCAACUUGGAAGCGUAUCCUUGACGGAGAAGAAGACAAGGGCGGCGAAUUUGUGGAUGGCGAGCGCACAUUACGAACAUAUCUAUCACGAUUACGAGAUAAGUCGCUAGUUGAGGAAUAUGGCGCGUGGCUCGCAAAUCGGAACCCCAAGCUUGGUGUUCAGAUCUUUGCAGAUGACCAGAGCAAAGUAAAGUUCGAGCCGUCUCAGGCUGUUGCCCUUCUCAGAGAAAAGGCACCCGGUGCUGUCAAGGAAUAUCUGGAGUACCUAGUCUUUGGUAAGAAGCAUACGCAAUACGUCAACGAGCUCAUCGCCUUCUACUUGGACACCGUCAUCACGGAGCUGGAGAGCAACUCAGAGGCACGCGCCAUGCUCGCACAAACUUACGAGACCUACCGCAUCCUCGUACCACCAAAACCCACCUACCACAGCUUCAUCACCGACAACGCCAUCCCAGCAGAAUGGUGGCAAGCCCGACUACGCCUACUCCAGCUUCUCGGCUCCAAUCAACCAGCCACAUCCUCCUACGACGUCAGCUCGAUACUAUCGCGCCUCCAGCCCUUCGAGCAAGAGCUCGUCCCCGAAAUGAUCAUCCUCAAUGGCCGUCAAGAGCGCCACCAAGAAGCCCUGCGCCUCCUCGUCCACGGCCUCGGCGACUUCGACACGUCAAUCUCUUACUGCCUGUACGGCUACAGCUCCAUCUUCCGCCCUAUCACUGCCGGCCACCUACCCAUCCCCGCAUCGGAACUCCCCAGCCGCGCCGAGCAAUCCCGCCUCUUCAACUUCCUGCUGCAAGACUUCCUGCAAAUCGAAGACCUCUCGCAGCGCGUCGAGCGCACCAGCGAACUCCUAGAGCGCUUUGCGGGCUGGUUUGAUAUCGGCGAUGUCUUGGCGCUUUUGCCGAGCGAUUGGAGCGUGGAUGUUUUCUCGGCGUAUUUGAUUAAUAGCCUUAGGACGCUGGUGCGGGAGAAAGCCGAGAGCGGGAUUGUCAGGGCGCUGAGUGAUGCGCAGAACAGUCAGGCGAGUUGCGAGGUUGUGGUGCAGAGGGAGAAGAUUGGGGCGACGUUUGAGAGGGGGGAGUAG